AUGAAGAAAGUGAAUAUUUAUCUUGCAAAUGAUGGUCAGAAACAAAGAUUUCAGAUUAUGAAUGGAGUUGAAGUGUUAGAUGUUUCAUCUGUAAAUAUGGAGACCUACAUUUCAAAUAUGCCUGUUGAUGAAAAUGUAGUGUCUGCGGAUGAAUCUGCGAUGGAAUCAGUUGGUGGUAUAAAAGAAGAUGGAAAUAAUAAUGUAAAUGAACCACAGACUCCACAAGAUUUAGAAAAGUUGAAACUUGCUUUGCAACAGCAACUGGAGUAUUAUUUUUCAAGCGAAAACCUUACCAGAGAUCAGUAUCUUGUUUCACAAAUGGACGAUCAGCAUUAUGUGCCGAUAUGGACAAUUGCCAAUUUUAAUUUGGUUAAAAAUCUAACCACUGACAUCGAUUUAAUAACUGAUGUAUUGAAAGUAUUUUUAUGGUCAAAAUGGAUUACUUUUUCAUUUUUUGUAAUGACUUCAAGCCUCGUCCAGGUAGAUGACAAAAAUGAAAAGGUUAGACCAAAAUCAAACCAAGUAUGCGCUCAUAUGAGGGUACCAGGAGCAACACCAGUUGAGGAUGUCGAAGCACUUUUCAAUGGUGAAGAAUGUCCGAAGUUCAUUUCUUGUGAGUUUGCUGCGAAUACAAGCUGGUACGUUACUUUCGAGACAGAAUCUGAUGCACAGGAUGCUUAUAGACAUUUACGAGAGAAAGUGAAGACCUUUUUAGGAAGACCUAUCAUGGCACGGAUUAAGUCAAGGACACAUCAUCUCAGCACGUACAGUAGCUCAAAAAUCUCUAAUAUCAAUCAACAAAAAGUUCAACAACCUACUAUGCCAGGCCAGAUUGUGAGUCCAUCUUAUAUUCAGUCACCGAUGAAUGUGUUCCCACAACCUGGUCCUCCUUAUGCACAAGCAGCUGGAGGCCAACAACCUCCUUUCAUUGCUGCCAUAGCAACACAACCACCUGGUUCUACCAGUCCUCAUAGCUCAUCUGUAUCUACCACAGCUGCUCCAGCACAGGUCUAUGUUAUGCCACCUGGUGGUCAGCCCUGGUCUCCGUUCCUCAAUCACCCCCCUGACAUGCCAUUUGCAAAUCAGGCUUUUGGAAAUGCAGUUUAUCAUCCUGUUCCACAACAACCUGUUGCCCCUAAUUUUAUGGGAGGACCAGGCAAAAGGAAUGCGAUGUACAAUGGAAAAGGAUAUAUGAACAAUAAUUAUAUAAGUGGCGAGAUGCAUGGAGGAAGAAACAUGCAACAGGACAAUCAAAUUAUGCAACUCCAACCAAUGAAUCCCUCAACACCAGACUCUCGUCCACAUUAUCUUCCAGCUGUGCCUCAUGCACAAAUGCCAAUAAAAAUGCAGAUGAACGGACAACAGAAUAUGUAUCAAUCACCACCUGUAAUACAAGGUCAAUAUUAUGGGAAAAAUCCACCACCGAUGAAUAAACCAAAUGGAAAACAGGGUGGGAAUAUGUCGAUGGCAAAUAACGGAGGAAGAUUUAAUCGUAACUCUUAUAAUAAUUCGUAUCAUUCACAACAUGACAAUGAUGUCAGUCCAAGGUUUCAAAAGAAAGGUAUGCAACCAUCUCACCAACAUCAACGGUACAGCACGUCACGUAGCAAUGCUAACAAUCAAUCACAGGAUUACACAAGACACAACUCUGAAAAUGGAUUAUUAUAUCAAAAUGGACCUCAUGGGAAUUUGAGUCUUGAAGCUUAUCCGCCUCCUUUCUUGGCAAGAAACAACAGCACUGGACAUGAUGGAAAUUCAAUGAAUGGGUCAAGAUAUGGUCCAAGACAAGGAGGAUAUGGUGGAAAACACCAAGACUCAAUGGAGGGGUCUAGUGGUGCUUAUAACGUCAGUGAUAUAAACAACAAUUCUGCAAAGCGGCAGAAUUUCAAUAACGACACUGUGCCUAGCGGAGUAUACAACGAUAUCAACUCCAGAGGUGGACGUCAACGUAAACCAAGAAGAAAUGGUGAAUCGUAUGGCAUUCCUGGGAAAGUUUCUCCACCAGAACCCAUGAACGGUCCGGUUUUACCGGAACAAUCUUUCAACCUUGAAAGUACUUCGUUUCCACCUUUACCUGGUCCCGCAUCAAAUGUGGAUACCAAUCCUAUUGCAACUGCAGCAGAUUCUGUUGUGAAAAAACCUCAAGUGCCAGAAUCAUAUAAGAAAACAUUAAAAAUGAAUCUCGAUAAAGUUCCACAAUGUGUUUCACCGCCUUCGAUGACGACGACUACAACGAUAACAACUACUACUGUGCAACAACCAACUUCGUUGUCGUCAUCAAUAUCAACUACGACAUCGGCUAUCGUCAGUCGAUCUCAUCCAGUUGCAAAGGAAGAAACUAUGCAAUCUGCCGCAAAAGAACAAAUAUCAAAGAAGGUGAAUGACCAAGACAACUUUCCUAACACAACAACAACGGCAACAACCGCACCGACGCCUCAGCAGCACCACCACCACCAUCAUCAUCACCAUUCUCAACAUCAUGGGAAAUCACCUGCUAAAUCACAAAAACAAAAUGAGGCUGCAAGACAUCAAACUCAUACUGGUGACAAUCAACAGAACACUGGUCACGAAAAAUCAACAAAAUCAAAUCACAGACACCACGGGAAAUCGCACAAUAAUAAAUCAACGGCAGAAUCUAAGGGUAAAUCCGAGCCACAAAAAUUUAAUACUAGUGAGAAGAACACUGUGCCUAUUACUGCCGAACCAGGUAAGAAAUUAUCGUAUGCGGAGAUGUUGCAAAAAAAAUCGGCUAAACGUAAUCCACCAAUCGUUCAAGACGAAAACGAAAAUCAUAUAGAUGCAAAACAAACUGAUUCAGCAGAAGAAAAAUCUAAUACAACCCCCACUACUCCUGCCCCUCAUCGAGCUGUUGAGAAAGUUCAGGGGUCACAGAUCGACGAUAGCAAUAAACAACAUGAGGAAAAAUCAACUAGUCCAACUGAAGAUAAUGACAAUGAAGACGAUAAACCGUGGGAGAGUGCGACACAUACUAAACGUAGUCAUCGAUCUGAUAGAAAUUCAUCAGACCAUUCUCAUCAAAAUGGCUAUGAUUCUAGAAAUGGUGGGUACCAGCGUAACGGCAAUCGCGGCGGUGGUUUUUACCCACGUAACCAGGGUAUGAGAGGUAAGGGCCGAGGUAGAGGGGGUGGAUACGGUCGGGGCGGGUCAAGGUAUGGCUACAAUGGUCGGGACAGGUACAAUUCCGCCGGUAGCGAACGAUCAGUGGUUAGUAACGGUGACGUUCCUCAACGAAAACGAUAAAGUAAUGGUAUUAAAGAAUGACAUGAGUUAAGAAUCUGUAAUGAUUUAGUUGGACAAAAUAUAUCUAUCUCAUCAUGCAAAAAAGAGAAAAACAUCAAUGCAAUUCCUCUAUUGUCAACAAGUGUAUGAAAUCGGAAGAGAGUGUUCUAAUGUUCACUGUGGCAGUCAAACGUUUUCAUGAAUCUAUUCUAUCCUUUUGUUCUUUCAUGGAAGGUUCUAUAUAAGAUUUCAAAUACAAUUGACAACUGCUAUAGACUAUCAAUUGACACCAUAAGUGUGCCUAUACCAUUCUCCUGAGUAUAUCGGUAAUUCCCUCUCUUUUUAGA